UUUUAGGUAUGGCGGCGCUGGACAGUAAAGCUUCAGGGAAGAUGGGUAUAAGAGCCGUAGUCUAUUAUAUGACAACCACAGUGAUUGCUGUGUUCAUUGGAAUCAUCAUUGUUAUCAUUAUCCACCCUGGUAAGGGCAGCAAGGAUAAGAUGCAUCGGGAGGGGAAGAUUGAGCAGGUGACAGCCGCUGAUGCCUUUAUGGAUUUAAUCAGAAAUAUGUUCCCUCCGAACAUGGUGGAAGCCUGCUUUAAACAGUUCAAGACAAACUACGAAAAGAAGGUCUUCAAGAUUCCAGCUCCAGAGAAUGAAACAUUACUAUCUGCAGUUAUGAACAAUGUAUCAGAUGCCAUGGAGUCUCUAACCAGGUUUCGGGAGGAGAUGAUCCCUGUGCCAGGGGCAGUGAAUGGAGUGAAUGCACUGGGACUUGUGGUCUUUUCUAUGUGUUUCGGGCUGGUAAUCGGAAACAUGAAAGAACAAGGAAAAGCCCUAAAAGAUUUCUUUGACUGCCUCAAUGAGGCUAUUAUGAGAUUAGUGGCUGUUAUAAUGUGGUAUGCUCCUAUUGGAAUCCUUUUCCUGAUUGCUGGGAAGAUUGCAGAGAUGGAAGAUAUGGGAGUGGUUGGAGGACAGCUUGGCAUGUACACUAUCACGGUCAUCAUUGGUCUGCUUAUUCAUGCUAUCUUUGUCUUGCCCUUGCUGUACUUCUUGGUGACUCGCAAAAACCCCUGGGUGUUCAUAGGAGGCCUGAUACAAGCCCUAAUUACAGCUCUGGGCACCUCAUCGAGCUCUGCCACUUUACCAGUCACAUUUAAAUGCUUGGAGGAGAACAACAAGGUCGAUAAGAGGGUGACACGCUUUGUACUGCCAGUGGGAGCGACAAUCAAUAUGGAUGGCACAGCACUCUAUGAAGCCCUGGCAGCAAUUUUUAUUGCCCAGGUGAACAAUUAUGACCUUAACUUUGGACAGAUUAUCACAAUCAGCAUCACUGCCACAGCAGCCAGUAUUGGAGCUGCAGGAAUCCCACAAGCCGGCCUGGUGACCAUGGUCAUUGUGCUGACAUCAGUAGGACUGCCCACAGAGGACAUCACGCUGAUCAUUGCUGUUGACUGGUUCUUGGAUCGUCUCAGAACCACCACAAAUGUGCUUGGUGACUCUCUUGGUGCCGGCAUAGUGGAGCACUUGUCCAGACACGAGCUGAAGAAAAAUGAUGCAGAGAUGGGCAACUCAGUGAUUGAAGAAAAUGAGAUGAAGAAACCCUACCAGCUCAUCUCCCAGGAGAAUGAAACAGAGAAACCUAUAGACAGUGAGACCAAGAUGUAG